AUGGUACUCAAAAGUAAUUUAAUGAAGGGGUUCAGACACACGUAUACAGUGUGUAUACUCCUUGGCAUUGUAUCAGUCACCUGUAACAUUAGUGGAAUCAACAGAAUAGUCAAAACGUCAAACGUGAAAACGAUUACACCCAUAGUGUGUAACUUGGAAUCCCAUUCCUUUGUGCCAAAUGGAGUAAAACUAGGGUUUAUAAAUAACGCGCCCAGGUACGGCAAAUAUAAACACAAAAGCAGCAAUUUUGUGAAAUACGAAGAAGGGGAGGAGUUGAGGGAGAGUAGUAGGCACGCAGACCUGAGUCACAGGUUUGAAACGUCACUGGGUGCGAAGCCCAACGCCAACGAGGUUGCACACGGGAAGGCGCCCAGCAGAGAUGGGAACAGGUCACUCGUAUUCAGCAGGGUGCUUGGAUCGCCCCUGAGCAGUUUGCGUGAGGCGCUGUCAAGAGUGACGAAGAGGCACGUCUUCAAAGCAGCAGGAAACCUGUUCCUCCUGGUUAGCAACUAUGUGUCAACGGCAGGCUACAAGUACGAGUUCAUAGAGCUGCUGGGCCUCGUGCCACUGCGAAGAACAGCGGCGGCCCUUCAGCUGCUGGCAUCGCUGCCGAUAACCACGUGCUUCUGGCUUCUGAGGCUUUUACCCACGCCCUCCUUCAACGUGCCCGCGUAUCAGGUGGAGAAGGUCGAUUUCAGCAGGGAUGGGCUGCUGAGGUCUGUGAAAAGGAGUUUGGUGAACGGAUACAACAGGACGAGGGCGUACGUGAGGGCCUACAGAACAGUGAUCGUGCAGGGAGGAUGCCUCUCGGCGAUGCACUACCUCUCGACCACGUGGGCGUACAUGAGUCCGGAGACCGGCUUCCUGAGGGCCUUCGAGCCGCUGUUCGUCUCUCUGCUAACCUAUCUGCUCGGCGGAGGCAAGUUUGACGGCCUCGAGUUCGUGAGUCUGCUGCCCGUGGUGGCCGGAAUGCUGUAUUCACACUACAGCAAGAGUCUGAGUGCGCCGCGGCUCCACCAGACGCUCAACAGUCCGCGCACGCUGAUGGGCUGCGGCGCAGUGCUGCUGUACAACCUGGUCAGUGCGCUGCAGAAGGUCGAGUCCAGCAGCUUCUUCAAGGAGAAUGUGGACCGGCUCGGCAGAAACAUCACGCCCGCGAACGUGAACGCAGCUGCUCACGUGGUUGGCGCACUAAUGUUCGUGCCGUUCGCACUCUCAGAGAGCCAGUACUGGAGGGACGUGUAUCAGCACGUCUUCAAGAGGAUCAGCGGCUCCACGUUGGGGCUGCUCAAUCACCUCGCGAGGUCGGGUGUGUAUUUGGGCGCAUCCAACCUCACGUCCUUCGAACUCACCUCCGGCCUGUCGCCCGUGGGCAAGUCUCUGGUGAAUUCCCUGAAGAUUACGCUCUUGGGUUCUCUGGACGCCUGCCUCAGCGCCCAAAAGCUACACAAGCAGCACCUUCUCGGGUCACUGUCAGCAAUCGCAGGAGCCUUGGCAUAUUCACUAUUCAAGGAUUAA